AUGUCGUCCCUCAUCCCUCCAGAAGACGGUAUGGACCCUUCGACUGAGCUCGUGGAACUCGAUCCGACUGUAUUCAACCAUCCAAUCCGGCGGGACAUUCUUCAUUUGUGCGUCAUACACUAUCUCGACGGCCAGCGGCAGGGUAGUGCAAGCACCAAAACGCGUGGAGAGGUUCGCGGUUCCGGAGCCAAGAUCCGACCUCAAAAGGGUACUGGACGAGCACGUUUGGGCGACGCCCAGAGCCCCAUGUUGCGCGGCGGAGGUGUCGCUUUUGGACCCAAGCCGCGCGACUUCUCGACGAAGCUCAACCGCAAGGUGCUCCAAAUGGGCAUGCGAAUCGCCCUUAGUGCCCGGGUCAAGGAGCACUCGUUAGGUGUUGUCAAAAGCUUAGACUGGCAAGGCUCCAAGACCAGGGAUCUGGCGACGCGUAUCGAGGAGCUUGGAUGGGGCAGGACGGUGCUGGUCACAGGCAGGGAGGAGAUUCCUCGAAUGCUCAAGCUCUCCGCGGGUAACUUGAGUGAUUUUGUUACCGUCACGGCAAAGGAGCUCGACGUAUACCAUACGCUGAAGGCCUCACGUCUCAUGCUUGACCUGGAGGCAGUGGAGUGGUUCGAACAGAAUUUGGGCCAUGCACGGUUCGCACCUCCGAGGGAGUACCACUUAUAG